AUGAGGCUGUGGCUGAGAGGCCUGCUUCUCCAGACUCUGAGGAGCUUUCGAGGAUUCUGUGGGUCUCCGGGGCAGCAGGCACCUCUGCCUACCCCUCCGAAGAUCGUGGCCACCUGGGAAGCCAUCAGUCUGGGAAGGCAGCCAGUGCCUGAGUACUUCAACUUCGCCCAUGACGUGCUGGAUGUGUGGAGCCAGAUGGAAAAGGCUGGACACCGGCCCCCAAAUCCCGCGUUCUGGUGGGUUGAUGGCAUGGGAGCAGAGGUCAGGUGGAGUUUUGAGGAGCUGGGGAGGCAGUCCAGGAAGGCUGCCAACGUGCUGGGAGGUGUGUGUGGCCUGCAGUCCGGGGACAGAAUGAUGUUGGUGCUCCCGCGGAUCCCGGAGUGGUGGCUGGUGAGCGUGGCAUGCAUGCGGACAGGGGCCGUGAUGAUUCCUGGUGUCUCUCAGCUGACAGAGAAGGACUUGAAGUACCGGCUGCAGGUGUCCAGGGCUAAAACCAUUAUCACCAGUGACUCCCUGGCUCCGCAGGUGGACGCCAUUAGCGCCGACUGCCCUUCCCUCCAGACUAAGGUGCUGGUGUCAGACCUCAGUCGGCCAGGCUGGAUAGACUUCAGGGAACACCUCCGAGAGGCAUCUGCAGAGCACACCUGUGUGAGGACCAAAAGUCAAGAUCCACUGGCCAUCUACUUUACCAGUGGUACCACCGGGGCCCCCAAGAUGGUCGAGCACUCCCAGUGCAGCUACGGUUUGGGUUUUGCGGCCAGUGGAAGGCGCUGGUUAGCCUUGACCGAAUCGGACAUCUUCUGGAACACGACUGACACUGGCUGGGUGAAGGCGGCCUGGACCCUCUUCUCUGCCUGGCCCAAUGGGUCUUGCAUCUUUGUGCAUGAGCUGCCCCGUGUUGAUGCCAAAGUUAUCCUGAAUACUCUCUCCCGGUUCCCAAUCACCACUCUCUGCUGUGUCCCCACCAUCUUCCGGCUGCUUGUGCAGGAGGAUUUAACCAGGUACCAGUUUCAGAGUCUGAGGCACUGUUCGGCUGGAGGAGAGGCCCUCAAUCCUGACGUGAGGGAGAAGUGGAAGAGCCAGACGGGACUGGAACUGCAUGAAGGUUAUGGCCAGUCUGAAACAGUUUUAAUCUGUGCCAAUCUAAGAGGCACAAAAAUCAAGUCUGGAUCCAUGGGGAAAGCAUCUCCACCUUACAAUGUGCAGAUUGUGGAUGAUGAGGGCAAUGUCCUACCUCCAGGAGAAGAGGGGAAUGUGGCUGUUUGCAUCAGACCCACCCGGCCCUUCUGUUUCUUCAACUGCUAUUUGGACAAUCCUGAGAAGACAGCCGCCUCCGAAAAAGGGAGCUUUUACAUCACAGGGGACCGAGCCCGCAUGGAUGAGGAUGGCUACUUUUGGUUCAUGGGACGAAAUGACGACGUGAUCAAUUCCUCAAGCUACCGGAUUGGGCCAGUUGAAGUAGAGAGUGCCCUUGCUGAGCAUCAGGCUGUCCUGGAGUCUGCUGUGGUCAGCAGUCCAGACCCCAUCAGAGGGGAGGUCGUAAAGGCAUUUGUAGUCCUUUCUCCAGCCUACUCCUCUUGUGAUCCAGAGGAACUAACACGGGAACUCCAGGAGCAUGUAAAAAGGGUGACCGCUCCAUAUAAAUACCCCAGGAAGAGCUGCCAAAGACGGUUUCUGGAAAGAUCCAAAGGAGUAUAUUGAGACGUCAAGAGUGGGGAAAAUGAGGUGCAACCCCAAAGAGGCCCCUAAAAGUUUCAAGGGGGACUGGUAGGAUCACUGGUUGCUCCCCUGCUUGAAGCAUCAUCCUCUCAACCCCAUGGAUGUCAAGGCUUUCAGCUUCCAAAUGGGCAUCCCCAGAAUCUUUGGGUGAUCCUGGAAGAAAGCAGAAGAAAAUUACUGACCCAGAGUGAAUGGCCAUAUCUAGUCUAGCAAAUGCUUGGUGGCUUGCCACCUCCUUUGUCUGGAGGCAUGGUGGGCAUAUACCUACUGGUCUUACCUACUAAGACCUUCCUGCUGUCCCUGUGAAGGACAGGUCACCAUAACUGCUGGGUACUUGUGAUCAUAUUCACUGCUGAUGGAACUAUAACAGUUUGGCCUUUUUGACAAAGCUAUUUGGUAAUACCUUCCAGGGCCAUGAAAUUGGUCAUACCCUUUAGCUUAGAGAUUCUACCUUUGGAAAGCACCACAAAGAAAGAAUUCAAAAUGCAGAAAAUGCUUGGGGCACAAAGAUUUUCACUGCAGCACUGUUUACAACUGUGGGAUAAAAGAGGGAAAUAAUUAACUAACUUGCAGUAGAUGAAUUCAAUAACAUAUUAUGUGGCCAUUAAAAGUAUUGAAGGGGAAUUUAUUAUCUCUUGAGAAAAGAUUAAGCUCUAUUAAUUUUAAAAAUCAGAAUAGAAAUACUAUAUACAUUCUGGAGAACCACAACUCACAAAAAUAAGGAAAAAACUGUAGCUGGAAAAAAGAUUGGAAGGAAAUACCUGGAUAUGUUAGAAGUAAUUUUCCCGGGAUUGGAGAGGGAGGAAAGAUAAUUGAUAAUAGUUUUUCUUGUGUACGUGUUGUUUUCUAAGUAAGUAUAGAUAACAAUUUUAAUGAAAAAAAAUUUCAAAUAAACAAUCCUCUCAAACUACUCUCUGCCUCGUGUCUAGCUCUUCCUCCACCUACCAACACAUCGUCCUCAAAAGUUAGUGUAUUACGUCUUAUCCAGGAAGGGCACAGGAUUUGAAGCCGUGUCCAAGACCCUGAGAUUUGAAGGGGUGGCUCUGGCUAGCCCUGUGGGGGAGAAGCUGAUGGAAACUGAGGCAGACUCCAAAUCUCUUCACCAACCCCCAGCACCUCCACCCACUCACCAAUAAAUAUUUAGUGAGCAAUGGCUGUGUGCUGGGCUCUGGGAAUACAACGAUCAGCCAAAACCAACCCAGUCCUCACCCUGGUGUCCUGACCCUGGUGUCCCUGGAGGUUGACAUUAUUAGUCAAAGAAUAAUACAAAUAGAUGCACAAUUGUGAUAAAUGUCACGAAGGAAAGAAUAUGAUUAAAAUAUAGAUCCAGGGGAGACUGAUCAAGGCUGAGGGACUCAGGAUGUCAGAGGGGUCUUCCCUAAGGAAGUCCCAUGUGAGCCGGGAUCAAAGGAAAAGCAGAAAUAAACUAAGGAAAGAGGUAGGGGACAAGCUUUCUGGAUGAAGGAUGCAGCCUGUGUAGAGGCCUUGAGGUAGGAGAAGAAUGUCGAUUUGCAGUCAUAAAGACAGCUCACACUCACAGAAUAUCCGCUAGUCAAGGCACUGCUCUGAAUGAUGGGGACAGAGAGGUUAAGCAAUUGCUGAAAUUCACACAGCUAGUAUCUCACAGAGCUAGAAUUCAAACCCAAGUGGGCCGGCUCCAAUGUCCAUACACUUCAACCUCACACUGCAGAUUCAGGAUGGCCUGGUUUAGGAAUUUUGUCUUUCUUCUGUGAGUACUAGGGAGCCACAGACAGUUUUCAGCAGUGAAAAGAUCCUAAGGUUUUUUUUUUUUAAUCCUUUAAGAAAAAACAACCAAACUUGUAAAGGUAAGUUCCUGUUCUUUAUGCCAUUUGUCUUGAUGGCAUUUCUGGACAG